AUGGCUGUUGCCCUGGAGGCGACUAAGGCGGCGGGAGCCAUUAUCCGGGAGGGCUGGAACUCUGACCGCGAGAUCACCUUCAAGGGCCGCGCCGACAUAGUCACGGACAUCGACGUGAAGGCCGAAAAAGCGGUGCUGGAGAUUCUCACCAGCGCUUUCCCCGACUUCGGCAUCUUGGCCGAGGAAUCCAGCCCUAUCGCAGGGAAAUCCCAGUAUCGCUGGGUGGUCGACCCGCUGGAUGGAACGCGGAACUACGCCCAGAGCAUCCCCCACUUCUGCACCAUCGUGGCCUUGGCCGACAGCGACGAGGUCAUCGCGGGCGUGGUCUACGACCCGGUACGCGAGGAGACAUUUACCGCCGCCAGGGGACAGGGAGCUUUCUUGAACGGCUCGCCCAUUUCCGUCUCUGAGACCACAGAGCUGUCCCGCUCGCUGCUCAGCUUCGACCUGGGUUAUGUCGACGAAAAGGCGGGCCUCGCCAUCGACCUGCUCCGCUCACUCUGGCCGGGGAUGUACAGCGUUCGCCUGAUGGGUUCGGCUGGACUUGGCGUUGCCUACGCCGCCUCGGGUCGGGUCGACCUGUUCUUCCACCACUCGCUCUCACCGUGGGACAUCGCGGCGGGUCUGAUCCUGGCCAAGGAAGCCGGGGGCAGGGUGGUGGACAGGCAGGGCAACGAUGCGGGCCUGUUCACGCCCAGCGUAAUCUGUUCCAGCCCCGUCCUUAUCGACGGCUUCCUUGCCGCCACCGACGGCCUCCCCUGGCGCACUGCAGUCUGA